AUGUUUUAUCCCAACAAUUAUAAAUUUAGUUAUGUAUUUGCGGUAUCCACCACAUUUUUUUUAUCUUUUAAAAUACCCAAAAAUAAACCUUCUAGAAUUUUUUUUAUUAUAAAUAAAGUUUUAUAA